AUGUCAUCCAAAGUCUAUGCCGAUAUCUAUGCCACCGAGGGGCCCUUCACCCAAUUCCCAGGAGCAGGUCUCCCCGACAUCAAGCGCUUUAUCACUACUCACAACUCUCAAGGCGAAGGGGUUUUUCUUCACGCUGAUAAUGGAGACCAUCAGGCCUUGAUGGCAAAUGGCCGUGGCUGCCAAAAUAUCCUUUACACCACCCAGGGUGAAGCAGUCGAUCUCAAUGGCGAAGUCGAUAUCGCCUUGGCAAAGAAUAAUCCACCCGGUCUUCACGUUCCUGGUGGUACACUCGUGCGCAUGAUCGACUUCGCACCUGGCGUGGAGUCACCCAUGCACCGUGCCAUGUCGUUGGACUAUGGCACAGUUAUUGAAGGAGAAUUCGAGGUUGAGUUGGACAGUGGUGAAAAGCGUAUCAUGCGGCGAGGAGAUGUCCUUGUUCAGCGCGCCACAGCUCACCGAUGGCGCAACGUGUCAUCCGAUAAGCCCGGGCGCAUGCUUUUUGUGCUGUUGGAUUGCCAACCUAUGGAUCCCAUUAACGGCAAGGAAUUUGUGGUUGAGCUAAAUGAGCUUUCUCCCGAUUUUGGAGACAAUCACUAG